CUGACUGUUCCAGAUAAGUAGAACCGUGGCAUGCAUCUGUGGCGUGAGAAAGACUAAACAUAGACCAAGAUAGCCUAUAUCUUUUCACAGAUUAGACCUUUUCUGUUCCGGGUUUUGCUUAUCAAAUCAAUAGCCAAUAUGGUCAAUGUGUAGUCAGUUAAUGAUUGCAAAACACGUCCUUAAACAUUUAGUAUAGCCUGACAUGUUUUUUCAUUAUUUGGAUUAUUUGAAAGUCGGGUCCUUAGCUGACAUGAUGAAGUUCAAUGCUUGAUGGUGUCCCGACAAGCACAACAGGCGUCGUUUGUAUUUUAGCAAAACAACUGACUUGCAUGUGACAGGGCUGAUUCAGUCAGACCCCCCUUUAAAGCUGCACCAAGAGUUUGAAUGUAAAAGCGCACUCUGAACAACAUUUAGGUGGGCUGGGGGUAGUAAUAGCCAAGAUCCGUUGAAAUCAAUUAUUAAUCAUUUUACUACCAGUUACUGCAAUUGCAAUGCCUAAUUUAGCGUUGGCUAUUGAAGAAACAGCCUAACACAUUUGUCACCAAAACCAGAGUCGGGGCAAAUUAGAUGUGUAGCCUUUAUCUAAUGCAAAGUCAGGCGCAUGUUUGGCCUAUAGCUCUGGAAAAAUGCUGUAAGGUUCGGGGGGCUGCAAGUCCAAAGUCCAAACUUCAAAGCUGAAUGCAUGAGGUAACCUGUGUAUGUAAUGUGUGUUGUAGGCCUACAUAGAAACUAUAGGCUAGAAAUGAGUUUUACAGGCAGGUUGAACUUAUUUGCUAAAUGAAACUGGGGAAACAGAUUUCCCCAAAAUGUCAAAAUACUCCCAACUGUUAUGAUUUAUUGCUUGUUGUAGUUGGUUUACCUCACCAUAGGUGCCUGUUGUGCAUUCCUAUGUGUUCUGUUGGCAGAGUUACGCUUUCUUUAUGCUUGUAGUUUGUAUUUCAACAGUGAGACAGUCAUAUCUUCAUAGAGCACAGGGGCAGACUAAAAUAGCCACAGCUGCCUAACCAGUUGUUGCGGGGCUGUUGGAAAUAACAGACCGGGUAUGAGGCCAGUGGGCGGGGCUAUAUCAGAUGACGCUGGAUGAGUGACGUCAACGAGGUGAUAAGUAUUUGUCCUGCACCCCGGUCUGUAUUGUGUCUGUGUGUGAACUCACAGGGAAGAGUCUGAAUCCGCAAACCUUUUCCCGCCGGUUGUUUUUCCAGGACUAGUUUCAAAACAAGCUGUGACAUGGAGGUCAGCGCUGAGGCCAAGAGGAUCAUGGUCGUGGCUUUGGGGAAACUGUACAGCUCCCGCACUCAGCGAGGGGGUCUCCGUCUCCACCGGAGUCUCCUCCUGACACUAGUGAUGAAAUCCGCCCGGGACAUCUACCACGAGGCCCAGGCGACGACAGACAGUGUCCCAUCAGGAUGUGAACAACACUCCACGGCUGAGAUGACCACAGAGUCCACUGGCGCUCAUCAGGAGCCCCAGGGUCCCGCUUCUCCUGCCACCGGAAAGCCUCGGACUUUACCCCAAAAGGAGGUUUUGGUUUCCACCAAAGAGUUGCGCCGCGACGCACUCAAGCGUACCGGUGCAGGAAACAAGGAGAACCUGUGCCCGACUGGCCCGGCACAGCACUCAAGGAAAAGACGGGGGAAAGCGGCCGUCGAGCCGGACUUUCUGCCUUGCAAGAAAGCAAAACUUGAGCAGGUGACCUGCCCUCAACAGCUCAUUGUAAGUUCCGUUUUGAUGGACUAUGUCAUCUGCAGCAGUGAACUGGGAGCGCCCCCAUCCCCCAUCCCUCUACAGAGAGCCAUUGCAGCGUGUUGAGACCCUGUGCAGAUUUAAAGGCAGGAAACUUUUCGACACGGCCUGAGAGCCUGAACGCGCCCUGCAUGCGGGGUCCGUGUAAGGGUUUUUGGAUGCAAACAGGCAGGACAGUGCAGUCCCGAGGCACUCAACCUGGGUAUGUCACAGGACUCACGGGUGCGUAGUAGCCUAGUCCCUGUGACUUCUAGCCUAGUUGUUGGCCAGCUCACUAUCGGGACUGACUUCAGCUGGCGACAGGCAGAACUCAAGGAAGUGGUCGAUCUGGAUGGGGCCUUGAGCUGGUUUUUAUGGACGUUCAUAUGAAGCAGGCUGCAUUCUAAGACUGUGUUAUGGAGAUCACAGUGACAGAAGAUGUGAAAUGUGUAAAACAUUCAAUGACUACAACUACCUCAGUAUUUAUUAAACAUUUUUAUACUACUUAA